UAGCAGCGGUGUCAUACGCUUGACGAGCGAGUUGGCCAUAGUCUGCUCUAUAGAUGGCAGCAGUGGCGCCUAUCAGCGUGUCAUUCCACUGUUUGCCGGCUCUUUUGGCACGUCAACAGGCGUGGCAAGCGAUGCAGACUCACUUGUGACUUGACAAGAUCACCGAGCGGCGGUCUCGUGUUGCUCCUGGCUGUCCAGUCGGCAUGGUCGGGUACAGCAGGCGGUGCGAGUGUCUCCAGAUCCUGACUGAGCGUGCGCAGGUCAGUGGAGACGAGUAGCGUCCUGUUGAGUAUCCUCUGAUGCAUGCUGAAGUAGAUGGCGCCGCUGAUGAGUGCUCCGCCCGCCAUGGGCACGAAGAAGGGCAUCCCUCCGAUCCUUUGUUGCUCGCCUUGCUUGCCUUGGACACCACGCAAAGCCAAAGACCGCGCGAGUCGACCUUGUCUAGUGAACACAUGGCUGCUUCCACCGGGCUACGACUGGCCCGGACUGUGCCAGCAGUCCGCUACAAAGCAAGUAGACAUGCUAGUCGUCUCGCAAUCCCCACAUCAGCUGCAGUUGAUACACUUGAGGGACUUCAUUCGACGACUAGCCUAGCGCCGUCAGUCAAAGAGCGUCACGAUCACCUCAUCAUCUCCUCUCGACAACAUGGACUGCAGAACAUAGCACUACCUUAUGCCUGGCUGAGGGACGCUUGCACUGCGCCUACUUCUGUCCAUCCCUCGACGCAACAGAAAGUGUUUCGAACGAGUGACGUGCCUGCUGCAAUCCGGCCUGCCACUGUCCUCUUGCGGCAAGACGACGAGCACUGGAAGCUUGAGAUUGUCUGGGAUUGCGCGCUCCAGCCAGACCAAGUGGAAGCGGACAGGAGCGUGUUCGACCUGGCCGAACUCGCAAGUCAUGUCACACCGGCAGGCUAUGCAGCGCGCAACAGCCUACAAGAACUCGCUCCCAUACUCUGGAAGCGCUCUUCUCUCUCUGAUCGCAAUCUGAGGAUACCCUACGCGCGCCUGGAGUCGCCACCCAUCAUGCUUGCUGCUCUCAGACAGCUCAUCACAUAUGGCAUCGUCUUCUUCACAGAUGUCCCAGUAGAGCAAAAGGCAGACGAGCUUUGCGAGCUAGCCAUACUUUCGAGCAUGCUCGGCAACAUACGCAGAACGUGGUAUGGCGACAAGGUCUGGGAUGUCAAGAGUGUCGAGAACUCGAAGAACAUUGCAUACACCAACCUUGAUCUAGGGCUACACAUGGAUCUAGUACACUACGAUGACCCGCCACGCUAUCAGCUGUUGCACUUCCUGCAUGCCGCAAAAUCUCUCAGGGGAGGGGCUUCGUACUUUGCAGAUGCAUAUUACGCAGCAGAAGUUUUGCGAAAGACAGAGCCCGAAAUUUUUGCCACGUUGGCAACAGAACAGGUCGCUUUCGAAUACAAGAACGGCGGUCACUGGCGGAGUAGCCAUAAGCCGACUAUCGAGCUCGCUCCGCCGUCCGAAUUCGGCGAGGAAGCUAUAAUCGCUGCAGUCAAUUACUCGCCACCAUUCCAAGGUCGUCAGCCGUGGUCGAUGUUCACAUCAGGCGGCUCUACGCAGCAGGAAGCUAUGGAAAGGUUCAGGCGGCUUCAUCACGCGCUAGGUCGAUUCUCCAGUCUGGUGGAAUCGCCAGAACUGCAAUAUAGCCUGCAGCUUGCACCGGGUGAAUGCGUCGCUUUCGACAAUCGACGCGUUCUUCAUGCUCGCACAGCCUUUUCAUGGGAUGCGGCGUCUGAGCCAGCUGGAGAAGCGGCGCGAUGGAUGAAGGGCUGCUAUGUCGAGGGAGAUUCGAUUCGCGAUCAUUACAGGACGCUUUCAGAGCGACUAGUGCAAGACACGACAAUGUUGUAGCAUCACUUGCACGUGCAUCUGCUCACAUCGAGAGGAAGCCACGUAUCGCACCGCCC